CAGCUUGACAAAGUAGAGCUGGCUAUAGAUGAGGAGAGACGGCAAAGUCACCUCGGAGUAAACGCCCAGACAUCGGAGCUGCUGGGUCAGAAGGCAGAUUACCUGCCUCCUCCCGUGCUGGGAAUGGGGGAUUGUACAGCCUCCCAUCCUCCCUGCCAAAGCCGACGCUCCAGCCGGUGGGCAACACAACGAGAAGCCGUGCACAUAGAGGGGAUUGUGCUCAGGGGCAUUUCUCGGACUAGAAUAGACAAGGAAUACAACUUUGAGGUGAAGUGGUCUGACUCAUCAUCGAGUAAUGUGACCAAAACCCACCUGGAGCUGGAGAAUUUCCUUCUUAAGCUUCCUAAGGAUCAGUGUACCGAGUCUUUUGAGAAGAGCAUCCUGAGGCUUCUGAACCAGGGGGACCAGAAAGAGAGCAGAGAGGUGGAGAAGAACCUCAGGGAAAGGUUCCUGUCGGCUCCUCCAGUCUUCAGACAGACCAGGAAGGUCUGCAGCUUCUUCAAUUGUGACUCCAGUUAUUCUUCAAAACCCACCUGCUCUAGAUGUAACUGCCAGUUGGGUAAGGCCUACCAAGGAGACUCCAGUCAGGAAGAAGACUUAGAGUCGUACGUUCAGGGACACAAGAAAAAGCACGGGACCAAGAGUCCAUGUCAAGGUCUCUCCAGUGCCAAGGCCCCCCAGGGAGAUGGUCGGCGGGGGGGCCACACUGCAGAGCUCAACGGUCCUGCAGAGAGGAGGAAGGCUGACCAGAACCAGGACGCUGACAAGAGAAGCCACCCAGUCACUAAAUCAAAGAGCAGAGGCCUGAAUACAGACCGGGACAAGGGGAAGGGGAAGGGUGCUGCUGCCUUUGUAGCUAAUGGUAGGCAUGUACCAGUUCUGUCACCUCAGAGGAAAGAUGGAGGUUCAGGUCCAGAUACAUUUGGUGAAAUGUCAUCAGAAAGCUACAGCUCUCCAUCCAGCCCUCAACACAGAGGACCAGAAAGUAUGGAGAGUGAGGACGACAACAACAAAGAUACAGACAGCCACUCGGAUGACUCCAGCAAAGGUCCGGGUCCUGACCUGUUCUUCGGUCACCAGACUGAUCCAGCUGUGGUGGGGGAAGUCUCCGCUGUCCGACCUCGGUCUUCCAACACUCAUCAGGCCCAGCUGGAGCCUCUUUGCCCCGAGACCAGCACAGACUUCCCUCCUCUCUCGUUCAUGCAUCCUCUGCCCUAUGUGCUCCCUAAUGGAGCUGUGGACCCUCCACUUCCACUGAUCCCACCUCCCAGUCAAAGCAUUAUCCCGGAUGUAAAGCCCUCAUCUGGGGCCCUGAUGAUGCAGCUGCCCCUAGUGCCUCCAGCUGUUCCUGGACUUGUUGGCGACCCAGAGAAGAGGGACAUGCUCCGAACAUUUGGGAUCCCACCGUUGGGCCUCCAUCCUACAGGAAGUCCUGCUGUGCAGCCUCUGGUUCAGAGGUUCAAAACUGCUGUGCCUCACAGCCAAGGUAUUAGUGAUGGAGCUUCAGGGAGUGGAUCUUCUCCGUCUGCCCCGCAGUCCCCACACCAGGCCCCUGUUAGGGCCAUCAGUGUCUUGUCUCCUGGCCCCACCUCCUUCUCUUCCCUUCCUCAGCAGUCUCUGCCAUGCCAAGACCCGGCCAGUGCCAGCUCAGGCCUGGCCCCGUGUCUGCCACAUGUGGAGGCAUCUCACGCCAAACAUCCUGGUUUAACCUUACCCUCAGGCAUGCCUUCUCCCUACACCCUGCCCUCUGCCCCUACCUCCGUCAUGCCUGCCACAGGAGCCCCUGCAGCCACUGGAGGAGCCCCAUCUCCUGGACAUGUACAGACAGCUGUUCCUCCAGCUGUGCCCACCCAUACCCCUGGACCUGCACCCAGCCUCAGUCCAGCUCUUACUCACAGCACUGCACACAGUGACUGUACAUCAUAUAGCAACAGCAGCUCUUCCUGUGGAAGUGCCCCUGUUGUCCCUGGCAACCCUAUUGCCCUUCAGCAAUCACAGCAGCAACAAUUGCCCUCGCAGCAGCAGACACAGACACAGCAGCAGCAGCAGCAGCAGCAGCAGCAACAACCAAUAAGCUGUGGGACCUGUGGUUGCCACAACAACUGCGGCAGCCGAGGCAACGGCAGCAACAACAACACUGUCAGUGGUGCCUCUGGAUGCCAGGCACCCCUGUUUUUCCCCGCACACCAGAUGGCAGGUGUUCAGCGGCAAGUGUUCAGCGUCCCGCCACACCUGUUCCAGCUCACGAGCCUGUGCAGUAACAGUUACCUCCCCCAGGCCCAGCCUCCUCAUCAGGCCAACGGCGGGGCCACCCUGCCCACCUUCUUUCCCACCGCUCCACCUCCAACGCAUCCUUCACCCUACGGCCCCCUCCACACCCACUCUCACAGUCAUGCAGAGGUGCCGUCACACAUGCUGGGCACCCAGGCUGCAGCGGUGGCCGCAAACUACAACCUGCAGCAGCAGAUGGCAUCCGCAUCGUUCUGCCAGCGCGUGUACCAGCAUGUGUACCCAAACCCCCUGAGCAUGCUGCCUGCUGCUGCGGCUGCACUUGGAGGAGGCGGAGUCAAUAAGAAGAAUGGCCAUGUGUCCUGUUAUAACUGUGGUGUGAGUGGCCACUAUGCUCAGGAGUGCAACCAGCCCUCCAUAGACUCCACACAGCAAGGUGGUUUCCGGUUGAAGUACGCUGCCUCCCACAUUUCAGAAGCACUUGACAAUGCUGAAUGAAGAAGACGAAGAAGAAAGGCUGAAGAGGAGUUCCUCUGCUGUCAUUUCCACAGACAGCCUUCUGUUCUCCCCCCCUGCACUGUAUACUAGCACACGGGGGGAGACUCAAAAAGAGUGACCUGUCAAGGGCUCAGUGGACAAAUCCUAAGUACUUGUGCCUGAGAAAGUCUUUUUCCCAUGGAGAUGAUGCAGUGUCAUGUGACUCCUGCUCCCUUCCCUUUCAGCUUGUUUUUGAUAUUUUUGCACUGAGGGUGGGAAAUGACUAACUUAUUACUUAAUUAUUAGGGAGUUCAGAGAUUCUGGGAAAUGUGUUUUUACAUGCAAGUGGAGGCUGAAAAAGGUUCUUUUAGAUGUUUCUAAAACAGCACAUUUAUACUUUUUUCCUAAUUAUUACCGUUCAUCGAGGAUUUUAAAGUCCGACAGAAUUGUACAGCAGUUUCAAGGGUUAAAACGAGAAUCAAAACAGUAAUGUAAGGAAAAUGGUUUGAGGCUUGUUGUUUUUAUUUGAUUUUUUUUCUUUACGGUUUUGAAUGUACACCUUCAUGCAUUUUUGCCACUUGAUGUUUAGAUGGAAGGUAAUUGCUGCUUUGUAUUUUUUUUUUUUCUUCUUCAGUUUUUAAGUUCUUUGACUUGCGCCAUAGUGAGGCAGGAACACGUGAACUAAAACAGUCCCUGAAUACUAAUGUUAGAAUUUCAUCUCACCUUCAUUUUUAACGAAUAAUCUUUCAAUCCACUAUUUCGACUGUUCUGGUCAGAUGUGGAACAAUUUAGAGAGAUGAAGUUAAAUGUAACUACAGGAGUAAAACACAAUGAUAGACAGAUGGCAAUGUUUGUGCUCUUAAAAUGAUAUUUGUGACCCCUGAGCUUCAGUAUUAUUAGCACAAAAAAAAUGUUUUAUAUUGUAUUGAUUUAUGAUCUUUUGAAGAUUACUAGCCCCAUUUGACUUUUUUAAGUGUUUCCCUCUUAAUACCGGAUCAAAAAUGUUGAACCACUUUGGAAUGAUUUGAUUAGCAGUUUGCUUCAAAUAAGCUAGAACUGUCCAACCAUGUAGCUUACAAGUCAAACAUUUUACCUGCUCCAAGAACUUGUAAUCCUCUUAGCCUGAAAUUUUAACUGAAAAGUUUUUUUUCCACAUGUCAUUCAAUCUGUUCAUAUUUCUAUUUUUCUCUUUGUGUGGAUUGGGGGUUAUUUUGUGUAGCUCUAAUUGUUCAGUGCUUCCUUGUGUCUGGCUCUUGAAAUGUCUAAAUGGAAUCUGCAGUGAUGAUUAUUGAGCACAGAAGCUAACACUGUUUAAAUGUCAAACUGAAGAACUAUGAAUAGUAAGAAGUGAGAAAUAAUAUUUAAGUGUGUAUUUAUAUACAAGUAAACUUUCAACAGUAAAGCUAUUUUGAUUUCAUUCACACUUGA